AUGGCGGCGAUGGUAUCUAGCCUUUCAACACUGCGUAAGCGCACGCAGAUGCCGCGAGUGUUCUGUAGAAAGAAAGAGAAAGGAUGCCCGAACAAUUACCCGUACAAAGUUACCGAAAUCACUCCUCCGCCGAAGAACCUCGGCGUUCGCUGCUUUCCCUUGAACUUGCAGUGUGGCGAGAAUGUGACAAUUGAAGGCCAAACUUAUACCAUAUCGGCCGUAACUCAUCGUUAUCAACUUAGGAAAGGGAAAUAUGAACCUAGCGAGAAAAGGCUCGACGUGUUGUCGACUGGAAGAUACAUAUUGAACUUGUAUUUGGAAAAUCUGCUCGAACAAUCAUAA